AUGAAGUCAACUAUCAGGACUCUUCUUUUGGUGGCUAUCACCCCGUUAGUAAAUGCUGAUUACGAUGUGGUUACUUUGACUCCGGAAAACUAUGACGAGCUGACUGAAGGGAAAACUAUCUUUGUGAGAUUUUUCGCUCCAUGGUGUGGUCAUAGCCGAAAAAUGGCACCAGAGUGGGCCAAGUUGGCCAAGGACUGGGAAGGCGACGAUGUGGGUCUCAUUGCCGAUAUCGAUUGCACGGGAGCGUCCAAACCAAUCUGCGAUAAGAAUCGAGUCUACAACUUUCCAACACUCAAAUAUGGAGAUCCGGCGGCCCAUUCCUUGGACGAGUACGGAGGCCCUCGUUCCUACGACGGCAUGGCCGAAUUUGCCCAAGAAUUCUUGACACCAAUCUGCAAUCCAACCAAUCUAGACGAAACAUGUGAUGACGAGGAAAAGACAUUGAUGGAGGAAUAUCUCAACUUGUCCAAAGAAGAGAUACAACAACGAAUCAAAGAAGAAAAGGGAAAACUGAAACAACUUAAAAAAGACUAUCAAGCCAAAAUUGACAAAUUGCAAGAAGAUUAUCAGGAGAUGGUGGAUGCCAAGGACCAGAAAAUCCAAGAGAUUGAGAAUGGAGACCUCAAAUACAUGCUCGCAAUACAGAGGGCGCGGACUAAAGGUAUCGAUGGACCAGUAGACGACGAUGGCGAGGCAUCCACAAAGGAGGAACUAUAA